AUGGCUCUGACUAGGGGGGGGCUGAAGCCGGUGCCCCUCCCCCACCCCCCACGGGCUGACAGCCCGUCCGCACUCACCUGGGUCCAGGCGCCUCGGGCCGGCCGCUCCCGUUGCUGCCUCUCAUCAGGCAGCUUUCGCGGUGUCCUGGGGGGUGUCCACCACGGACGAGACUCUCCUGGGCCCACCUAUGCACGCAGGAGGGAGGGCAGCAGGCAGGGGCCUAGGCAGGGCACCGAGGCCGAGGUCCUUGUGCCUGCUGACCCAGCAGUGCCUUGGAUGGCGGCCCCGGGGCAAAUCCGGCCGAGCUGUGCAGCGCGGCAGGCCCCCACCCCCUGGGCCCUGCCUCCACCUGGCAGGGCUGGCGCCCUGCGGUCUCCCCAUGUUCUCCACACCCUCAAGGGCCCGGCGUGGGGCCGAGAUGGGCAGGCUCUGCAGCCCAGGGUCCCAGCCCAGGCGUCCCCCUGUCUGUGUGACCUGGGGCACGUUCCCUCACUCUCUGGGCCCAUCUCCUCGUCUGUCCACAUGGGCAGUAACGCGGAGAAGGCUCCAGAAUGGUCCCUGCAUGCAGCAGGCAUGAAGUCAGCCUUCCAGCCCCGAGAGCAGCACCUGGGCAGCAAGCGGGCUCCGGGGAGCCAGGCCCUUAACAAACUCGGAGCCCAGGUCCAGCCUUCCACCAGAGGCUCAAGCCUGGGUGUGGCCCGCACUCUGACGUGGGCCUGCGUGGGGCUCCUCGUGCCUCAGUUCCCUGCCGAGCCUGCUUCUCUCUCCAGCAGUGAACUCCAAGCCCCGCAGCCCAGGAGAACAGCACCUGCCGGCUGCAGCCUCCCCUGUUCCCCCCACCCGCCCCGCUCUCCGACCAUCGGCCUCCACUUGGCUCCCCCCAUCGGUGGCUUUGCUUCUGCCACUCUGCCAGGGACACUCUUCCCCGUCAGCACCACUCGGGUCUUGCACCCACGCUCGUUCCCCACCCACUACACCGGCUCAGGGUGCUGUCCGUCGACCUCUGUUCACAUUGCGGGCCACGGGCCUCCCCUGCAGCUGGCCGCCUCUGUGCGCUGCAAGGCUUCUCCCGUCAUGGAGCCCUCCUCACCCCAUACUGGCCCAGAGAGCAGCCCACCCACCGUGGAGCAGAGCCCCGCGGGGCUGCCCCAUAGCAUGAGGGUCACUUGUGUUCCUGCCUCUGUGCAGACGCUGGCCUCCACCACCGCCCCCACCCUCGCUUGCUGGGAGUUCACAGUCAGCCUCUGGGCCAGCCUCCCACCUCCUCGAGUGUCCUCCAUUCUUGGGGCCCAGAUGCCCAGAGCAGGCUCCUGCCCACCUCGGGGCCAGGUGCCCAGGCCCUCUCAUGUUGCCUUGGCCAGCCCAGAGCCCUCCCCGGACAUGGGACAUCAUUCUCGGACAUGGGACAUCGUUCCCGGCCAUGGGGCAUUGUAUGCUUUCAUCAGUGAGUACUUCCGUCUCUGUCUCCAGCAGAUGCGGCCUCUUUGGCCUGAAGUGCGGGGAGCCAGACGCAAGGGCAGCAGGGACGGCAGCGCAGGGGACCCCUGCAAACCCCGGACCACCCACGGCAGUCACCCACGCUGUCCCCGCCCCCCCGCCAGGGGAACCCAUGAAGCGCAGCGGCAGCUAGGUCCGGACGACAAGGAGGACAAGGCACUCAUUCUCCUCCCUUACCCAGGGUGUCAGGUGGGCACCGAGAGGGCGGGACCUAGCAGGUGCGAGCACGUGGGCGUGGGCCGGGCGGGACACUUGGGCGCGGGAGAGGGCGGGGCCGAGCAGGUGCUCAAGAACUUGGGGGGGCCCGCCACGCGGCCGCCCGCACCCCCGGCCGAGCCAGGCCCUUGGCCGCGGGUCAGCCUAGACCCGCGCGUCUCCAUCUACAGCGCGCGCCGCCCGCUGCUGGCGCGCACCCACGUCCAGGGCCGCGUCUACAACUUCCUCGAGCGCCCCACAGGCUGGAAGUGCUUCGUCUACCACUUUGCCGUCUUCCUCAUCGUCCUGGUCUGCCUCAUCUUCAGCGUGCUGUCCACCAUUGAGCAGUACGUCACUCUGGCCACGGGGAUCCUCUUCUGGAUGGAGAUCGUGCUGGUGGUCUUCUUUGGCACGGAGUACGUGGUGCGUCUCUGGUCGGCCGGCUGCCGCAGCAAGUACGUGGGCAUCUGGGGGCGUCUGCGCUUUGCCCGGAAGCCCAUUUCCAUCAUCGACCUCAUCGUGGUGGUGGCCUCCCUGGUGGUCCUCUGCGUGGGCUCCAAGGGACAGGUGUUCGCCACCUCAGCCAUCAGGGGCAUCCGCUUCCUGCAGAUCCUAAGGAUGCUGCAUGUGGACCGCCAGGGAGGUACCUGGAGGCUGCUCGGCUCUGUGGUCUUCAUCCACCGCCAGGAACUGAUCACCACCCUGUACAUCGGCUUCCUGGGUCUCAUCUUCUCCUCCUACUUUGUGUACCUGGCCGAGAAGGACGCCGUGAACGAGUCGGGCCGCGUCGAAUUCGGCAGCUAUGCGGACGCGCUGUGGUGGGGUGUGGUCACUGUCACCACCAUCGGCUACGGGGACAAGGUGCCCCAGACGUGGGUCGGCAAGACCGUCGCCUCCUGCUUCUCCGUCUUCGCCAUCUCCUUCUUCGCGCUCCCCGCGGGCAUCCUCGGCUCCGGGUUCGCCCUGAAGGUCCAGCAGAAGCAGCGGCAGAAACACUUCAACCGGCAGAUCCCGGCGGCCGCCUCACUCAUCCAGACCGCGUGGAGGUGCUACGCGGCUGAGAACCCCGGGUCCUCCACCUGGAAGAUCUACGUGCGCAAGCCCGCCCGCAGCCAUGCCCUGGUCUCCCCCAGCCCCAAGCCCAAGAAGUCCGUCAUGGUCAAGAAAAAGAAAUUCAAGCUGGACCGGGACAGUGGGGUGGGCCCUGGGGAGAAGAUGCUCACGGUCCCGCACAUCACCUGCGACCCAGCCGGGGAGGAUCGCAGGGCUGACGGCCUGUCCCUCGAUGGCUUCGACAGCACUGUGAAGAAGAGCCCCACGCUGCUGGACGUGAAUGCACCCCACUUCACGCGGACCAACAGCUUCACCGAGGACCUGGACCUGGAGGGGGAGACGCUGCUGGCACCCAUCACCCACGUCUCACAGCUCCGGCAGCACCAUCGGGUCACCAUCAAGGUCAUCCGACGCAUGCAGUACUUUGUGGCCAAGAAGAAAUUCCAGCAAGCGCGGAAGCCAUACGACGUGCGAGACGUCAUCGAGCAGUACUCACAGGGCCACCUCAACCUCAUGGUGCGCAUCAAAGAGCUGCAAAGAAGGCUGGACCAGUCCAUCGGGAAGCCCUCCCUGUUCAUAUCCGUCUCAGAAAAGAACAAAGACCGUGGCAACAACACAAUCGGCGCCCGCCUGAACCGGGUGGAAGACAAGGUGACGCAGCUGGACCAGAGACUGGUGCUCAUCACCGACCUGCUCCACCAGCUGCUCGCCCUCCACCCCGGCGGCACCCCCGGCGGCGGUGGGGGCCAAGCGGCCCAGCCCGGUGACAUCAGCUCCUUCAACCCUGAGCUCUUCCUGCCCAGCAACUUUCUGCCCACCUACGAACAGCUGACCGUGCCCCGAAGGGCCACCGACGAGGGGUCCUGAUGGGGCUCAGUGCGGCCAGCAGGCCUGUGAGGGGAACCGCGGAGGGGACCCCCCUCCACCCACCUCUCCCUCAGCAGGAGCACUCCCGGCCACCUCCUGGAAGGCCCAGGAGGACAGCCCCACUCUCCAGGGCCCUGGACACCUGGGGCUCGUGAAGCCACCUCUCCCAGCCAGCAGGUCCUCGACCUUGCUUGGGGGGUGGGGCGCCUAGCAGGUCUGAGCCCCAGUCCCUAUCCCUACAGUCUUGCACGGUGGCCAGUACAGGGUGGUGGGGGCCAGGCUGGGCUUCCCAGGGGCUGGGGGCACCUGCUGGGCCAUGUAUGGCUGAGAAGCAGUGCAGGCAAAAGCUCCAGGAGCUUUCUAAGGGAGGCAGAGGGGCAGCCUGGGUAGGGUCUGCAGGCUUGUCCCAGCCUCAAAUCCAGGUACCCAGGGAGGAGCAGGCAGGCCAGGCCCACGCCCAGCAAGGCAGCCCAGGAUGAAAGCGGCUGCCCUGAUCGGCGCCCUGGGCCUGGGCCUCAGCUCCCGGGCCUGGGCCUCAGCCCCCCGGGCCUGGGCCUCAGCUCCCGGGCCUGGGCCUCAGCUCCCGGGCCUCUCUUAAGAGAUGCUGACCUGGGGGCUGGGGAUGCUGCUGCCUGAGCCACAGCCUCCUGGGAGGGUCAGACCCCACCCCAUCUGCACGGCCACAUCACAGGGCUGGGUGCCAUGGAACAAGGUGGGCAGGGGGAGGCGGCCUCUCCCACCCAUUCCAGAGAGGAGAGGAGGCCCCCAAGCCCCACUCUACACACAGCCUCCCCUCCUACCCGGUGGGAGCAGCUGGACAGACAGACGGACGCCAGCUCACAGCACUGUCCCCUCCCUCAGCGCCUGCUGGGCUGAGGCAGGGCUGAAAGGGCGCCACGGCUCCCACCCGGGACAAGGACCCUUCUGGGCAUCACAGCUUACAGAAAUCAGAGCGAUCUUGCGGUGAUUUGGAACCUGAGUUUAAUGAGCCUCACGGUGUGGUUUUGAUUAAUUGCGCGGGCUUUUCCUAAUAAACAGGGAGAAUCACGGGUUUGUCUCAGCAACUUUGUUUGCCUGGGUUCCUGGGGGUCGACCACAUCUUGGAGACAACCUGCUUCAGCCCUUU